AUGAAUUUAAGAGCAAAUUGUAAAAGCAAGCUUGUUGGUUUAGGUAAUAAGACAUUACCAGGCACUCGACAUAAUGUCGGUAUGAUGACUGUCGACGCCAUUGCCAAACAUCUCAACUUGAGCUGGACUCAACGACGUGGGUGGAAAUCGGACAUAACAGAUACCGUCAUUACAGUACCUACCAAAGACAAUGUAACGCAGGAAUACCACAUCACCUUGUUGAAACCGAGAAAAUUAAUGAAUAUCAGUGGGUCCUGUGUAGCUCAAGCAGCUCUGGAACUGGGUGUUUCAUUGAACAAUUUAUAUGUCUUUCAUGACGACAUGCAACGAGACUUGGGAAAAGUACAGUUAAAAUAUGACGCUUUUAAGCGAGUCAGAAUUGGUAUUGGUCGCCCCCCACCGGAAAUAGAUGAUCGCUCUUAUGAGGUAGUAGCAGCGUUCGUACUUGGCAAAUUUACAGCAGAGGAAAUAGAAAAGUUAGAAAAAGAAGUGUACCCCAUGUGGACCAAAAAUCAAGGCCUUGAAUUACUUUGCCAAAGUGAAUUGAUUAAGAAGCCCAAGAAAAAGAAUAAAAAUAAGACCGUAGACCCGAAUAAAUGGGAGAAGAAGAAUAAGCCAUCGAGGAUUAACAAUGUCGAUACAGUGUCAAACAAUGGAACCAUUCAAACGGAAAGCCGUAGUAUGAAAAAACAGAUUGCCACCGAUCCAAUAAUUCAAAGUUCAUAG